AUGCUUAUACUGGGUUUUGUCUGUGUUUGCAAUUGUCCUCAGCUUUUUCCUCUAACCGUCUCAAGCUGUGGUCGGAACUGCAGUAUACUCGUUCGUCCAUUACCGCCUACCGGACUGUGGUCUGGUCGUUAUCGCAUUUUUCGAGCACUUGGUAUCGUUUCCGCACUUACUGGCUCUGGUUUGUUGAGUUAUCGGCUCUUUGUCUCAACUCCGAACUAUCAUGGACCAGAGACAGAUAUGCGCGGCAAAACUGUCAUAGUCACAGAAGCGACCACUCGGUUCAGCCGUGAUCUGCUCCAGGGCUUAGCAAAACGAGGUGCUCAGAUCGUCCUCUGCUCACGCGAUCUGGAUGCAUGCGAUUACACAAGGGACAAACUUCUCAGAGCCACCCGGGUCAGCGCAAGUCGUGUGGAUUGCCGCGCUUUGAACUUUGGCAGUUGUGUCUCGGUUCGGCGAUUCGCAGCCGCCGUGCUUUCCGACUAUCAAAAAAUCGACAGCAUUGUCGUCCAGUCGCCAAGUUGUGUGACCAGCAUUAUAGCUGGGAAACGCCGUCCCACCAUCGAUGGAUUUGAACAUCAACUCGGAACCAACUACUUCGGCCUCUACUUGCUUACUCGGUUGCUGUGGAAGCGGUUGAGUGAGAGCGGUGGUCGUCUUAUUGUGGUCGCUGACACAGACGCUGCUGCAGAGGCGGCCGCCGAGGCGUCUUGCCUACCAAACAGCUCUCAGAUUGCUCUUCCUAUUGAUGAUUUGAACUACGAGAAUGCGGAUGAUUAUGUGCCAAAGAAGGCUUAUCAGCGAUCCCAGUGGUUUCUGACAUUAUUUGCAGAGCGGGCGGAUUCGGUGAAACUGUUGGCAGCUCUCACUGGACGUAGCCUAUCUAAGGUGAAACAGUACUCGUCUGGUCGUCGCCGACGGUUGCUGAUUGCGCUCAUCCACGAAGCAAAAGCAGCGAACCAUGUCAUAUUGAGGUUGAAUAACGAAAUGCACGGAGAAUGGACAGAGUUGAAAGAUCAACGGAUCAACCUCAGCAUUCAACUACAACAUUUGGGUCUCCAGCCCCCCACCUGAACGCGUCAUCCUGCGCUCGUCGCGCAAAUCACUUCAGCGCCAGCUGCACCGCAUUAUACAAUCUGUGUUUAUUUUUGAUUUUAUCUAUGCUUCAUAGCCAAACGCCAUAUCAUGCAUGUACAACCGUGUGGACCAAAGCGAAGUUCUCACUUGUGAACAGCUUCUUCCCGACCAGUGUGCUUUCUUCGGGUGUUGGCUCCAGCAUAUCAUUCAGAGCUACUUAUAUGUAUCUUAAUAAAAUUACAAUUACAU